AUGGGUGCAACCAGCAUAUGCCCGAAAGUAGUAUGCAUAAUACGGCUUCUACAGCAUAAAGCCCAGACACAGCUGGACCUGCCCUAUUUCAUCGUUAAUGCGCAGGUUCGCCUACAUGCACGUAGGCAAAGUUGGCUGUUUUCGUGGAAACCGCAGAUUUCCCAGGUUGCAGAGGCGAUAUUACGACCGCUGACCCGAGGUUAUGUCAUCCCAAAGCGUGGGGGAUUGCACAAACUAUUACCGAAGAGUGGUAAGCAGGAGGAUGAUAACACCCGGUCAGUCGGUUUGUGUUGCUUUAACCCGUCGGACGAAUGGACAUCUCCCAGUAACGCCUUGACGAUAUUAUCGCCAAGUCGAUGUUUGCGAAGACCCUUGGAAUACGGUCAUAGGUUAUGCAAACGUUUUAUCCACGAGAGCGAACUCGCCCGGUAA